AUGCCGCGCUUCCUUCUUCCUAGCCAGUCAGGACGACAUCGUUUCGCAUGCCUCGCGCUGUAUCGAGCGUUGGUGCGGCAAUGCGGUCGAACACCGUUCCCGCGUGAUCAGCAGAAUAGUCUGCGAGCGAUCAUUGCGCAGGAGUUCCAAAAGAAAAAGGAUUGGCAAAGCAUUCCUCUGUUGAGAGUGGCUUUCCAAGCUGGCUACGAGGCGAACGAUGUCCUCGCGUCCUCUGCUAGAGGAAGUGUAGAAGGCACAUCAAGAAUACUGAAGCUUCUUCAUGAGCUCGGCCCCUCACUUAUUGAGCGUCCAUCGCUCAGUGUGACGAAGAGUCCCGACCAUACUCGGCCAAAUGGGAACAAGAGCAAGUUUCACCCACCAGCUCCGUACCCUGGCGCGUCCCCGGUUCUGUCCAGACCAUACAAGCAAAUCAGCGGAAGGCGUCACAUUCCCGUACUCGUGAACGCGAAUGGCUUUCCCAUUCUCCGUUUCAAGAAACCCCAAUCGCCAUUCUUGAGUCGCAUUCUUCGCCAAAAGAUAACGCAGCGACAUCGUCGAGUCGAACGGAUGCAUGCGCUUGAGAGCAUGAUGCAGCUCGCCAAUGAAGAGGAUGAAUGGGAUUCGCUGCUUCAGGCACAGCAUGGGAUUUCUCUUAUGCCAGAAUCGAAGUGGACGCGAGAGAUCCUCUUUGCGUUGAUGAACACUAGGGAGGUGCUCAAACAGCAAUACGAAGCAAUCGGUGCGUUGUCAGCGAGAAUGUUGGAUAUAGUCGAGAAAGAGAAAGAGCUGGCAGCACAAGAAAAGGCAGAGAGAUUACGAAGCAAGAGACUGGAGAGACUGGCUCGCAAGCGGGCCAGAGGAGGUCAGGAACAUUCGAGAUAGAAGUUUGGACGACGUCAAUCAGUAGCCGCUAUUGGGUUCGUUAAUACUUGUUCGUAUACACUCGCAGCGGCAUUAGAAUUUACAAACUCUGCAAUUCAGAAAUAUCCAUGGC